CUGAGCUUUACUGUGUUGCGCAGAAUGGCUAUAUUCCUUCGCAUUUCAAGCAAUGUCGAACGUGUCGAAAUUAGUCAAGAUCGCUCGAUAUUCCAAGUCGUAAAACCGACUACAAAUGCAGAAUCUCACUCAGUGAAACUUUGCUAAAUAUAAUUACGCUGAUGUUUCACCCAACUAGGCUUCGCCUCGUGGUCUUGCGCCGCAAUCCUUCCAACAACCAACACAGCCUCACAAAAGUAUGGAGAUGCCGAUUCAGAACUGCGCUUUUGCUUAGGCGGCGCAGGGAUUUUCGGCCUGAUUUCGGAGAAGGUAGACUUAAGAUGUGUGUGGUGCCGUAUUACAAGGUGCUUGCUCUCGUUCUCUUAGUUCAGUUGCUUGGUCUAUGGGCAAUAGCUUCAUGUAUUUCCAUAUCUUAGAGCCAUUUCGUCGGUUCCUGUGCAACUAAGGGGCUGCUGUUAGUCUUUUCUAUUCAGAAUCAGAGUCAAAGUCAAAUGCCGCACUA